AGCGAGUCAUGCGCUACGUUGGCACAGCGUUUUUUAUUAACUGCCAGCAGCCAAUCUGCUGAUUAUAGCGUAACUAACUUGUCAACAGGCUGGCGUCGCGUCUAGAAUAGAACAGCCCCGUCUUUUUGCCGAUCUAGCCAGCAAAACAAGCCGCUGGAUAUAGAAGAAUGUCAGGCUCGCAGGGUUCUCGUGGCCUAGCGCUGCUGAGGCGCUUUUCCCGCUUCGCGGUUGAUUCAUCAUCAUCAUGCUCAGCAUCAGCUAGUACCGUUGGCCAAGCCGCUGGCAGAGCACCUGUUUGGUUUCUGCCGUUCCAGUCUUCCCAGGCAGCUGGCUCUUCAACUGGGGCCUUCAGCACCGUCAUCCGCGAAGCCCGUGCCAUGAUGUUGCGAAGCACAUUUUCAACAGCAGCCAGUGCUCCGGGCAGGGCGCAGGGCAUGCUAAUGUCUGGAGGCGUGCUUUCCCGUGGCGCGGCUGCUCCCUCCGCCGCUGUGUCCGGAUGGCG